CUGUCAGAAAUUAGUUCCUGCGGACGAGCCCCCCCCUUCUUCCAGAAAUAAUAACCACACAAACUCCCAUGGCCUCCGCUAUCGAAAUCGCCCAGGAGGAGCUGAACAAAGCCGUGGCCGAGUUCAAGGCCACCCAGGGCGCCAAUGGCACAUACGCGGAUAAGACGCAGCGCAGGCGGAUUGUCGAUGCGGCUCAGCAGGUGAUGCGCGCGGUCAAAGAUCCCGCCGACGAGUGGGUCGACAUGAGCGGACAGCUCGCCGUCAUCGCCGUCAACCGUCUUUUCUGGGACUGGGGCGUGUUCGACAAGAUCCCGCUGGAAGGGAGCAUCUCGUACUCGGACCUGGCUGCGGCGGUCGAUGCCGAGGUGGCCCUGAUAGCUCGGCUUGGUGGAGUCCUCGUCUCGAUGGGAGUGUUGAAUCAGACCGGCACGGACCUGGUCUCACACACGCACCGCUCGCUGAUAUUCGUCGAGGGAGCGGAUGCUGGCUUGGUGUACCAACUCUCUUGGGACAAUGGCAUGGUGCCCUGGGCGCAGUUCCCCAGGUAUUUCGAAGAGUACGGGAGGAAAGAGCCGCAGACUCUGACCCAUGUGCCCGCCACAUUCGCCUAUGGCCACCCGGAGCUGAGUUAUUACGAUAUGCUGAGCCUCAAGCCAGACAUGAGGAAGAUGUUCAUGAAAGCGAUGGCACCCAUCGAGGCGAAGAUGCCCAUCGCUGGCAUCUACAACUUUGACUGGUUGGUUGAGAAAGCCAGAGACCCAUCGACCGCGGACCUGGCUGUUUUUGUCGACGUCGGGGGUGGUAAAGGGCACGCCAUCGAGGCCAUCUGGAAUGAGUUCCCGGACCUCCCUCUCAACCGCUUUAUCUUGCAAGACAGGCCCGAAGUUAUUGCCGAGGUAAAGGCAUUGGAUGAAGCGGGUCUCCGAGAGGUUCAGAAAAUGGUAGUUAACUUCCACGAAGGGCAACCGGUAAAAGGUGCUCUUGUCUAUUGGAUCCGGCGUUGCCUGCAUAACUACGGUGACGAUGUGAGCAUCAACAUUCUUCGAAAUGUAGCAGAGGCAAUGACGGAAGACAGCAAACUCCUGCUCGAGGAAGACGUCCUGGACAACCCGCCGAACCACAUGGCGGCGAUGCUGGACUUGAUCAUGCUCGGAUUUGGCGGAAAACAGCGCAAUCUUGAGACGUGGGAGAAGGUCAUUUCAGCGGCCGGUCUGCGGAUAAGUGGCAUCUCGCAGGGCAAAGGGCCGUGGAAAUCAUUAUCGGUGAUUGAGUGUGUCAAGGGGCACGCGUAACCGGCUCGCAAACACUGGCUGUGCUGCAGAUAUAGAUUCUCCGAGUCGCGAAUAGCUGGGGCAAACUUGACCGCUCUCAAUGCUGCAAAGUCACGAUUGACCAUUGGCGGGCAUAUGCGCCAAGCCAGAAUUGCACAGCCAACAAGCUAGGCCUGGAUAGGAAUCUCGAUUGCGGAACGAAGUCAGGAAGGAGUGAGGGAAAUGGGACAUCUAGGAAUGAUAGGAAUGAGGGACAAUUAAUAGUCGGAGCUUGUCGGGAGGGUUUGGGGGAGAGUAUGAGCGUUUUAUCUACCGAUCGCCCACAGUGAUAAUGAUGGCCUGGGGAAGGAAGGUUUUAACAUUGCAACCGGCGGGCAUGGAAAUGAAACCCUACAAUAUAUAUACUUUUCC